AUGAGUGGAGCUGCACGCGUCGCUAAGCAAGGGAUGGCGAGGGAACAUGUCCGUAUAACUGAACCUUCCAUUUGCCUUACCACCGGCAUGAAUGCUCUAGUGGAUGAUGUUGUCCGGAACGGCAACGUCCACGGUUACCCAGGCUGCGUGAAUAUCAGUUUCGCGUACGCCGAGGGAGAGUCUCUCAUGAUGGCACUCAAGGACGUCGCCCUUUGCUCCGAUAGUGCAUGUACAUCGGCUUCGCUGGAGCUAUCAUAUGUGCUUUGUGUACUUGUUAAAAUCUACGCUCAUCCCAGAUGCCUGUUUCCUGAGUUGUCGCACGUGCCACCUACGACAUGGCGCAUUCCUCAUUGCAGUUCGGUAUUGGCCGCUUCACAACGGUGGCGGAGAUUAAUUUCGUCAUCGUGUCGUGUCGGUGGUCCAGAAGCUGCGCGACGUGAGCCCGCUCAGGGAGAUGGUUCAGGAAGGCAUCGACAUCAACACCUUCAACUGGGCCCAAUAUUAAUGCUGAGGACGUGGCCGCUUGGAUGUAUGUGA